CCAGUUCUAUAUUGAAGUACUAGUUAGUGCCGAGGCAGAAGAAAACCUGAAAUCCUAACAUGCUGUGCCCAUUCAUAGAGCAUCUCUAAGGUUGCCAGCGGGAUGAGCAGCUAAAGCUGUUUAUCAGCCAUCAAAGUGCUGCUGGCAUCCGGUCCGCAAGGCUUUUUCGCAAGGUCACUGCAGAGGUCCUGGUGGCUCAUGCCCAACCGAGUCGCCCGCCCCUCUUGCAGAGGUUGCAGUGGCCCUAGUGCUGCAGUCAUUCUCAGCAGGUCCCCUGAGAACGAGAGCGGGGACCUUCCAGAGUGACUUGGCGGGGGAGUCCUGGAGGCUCUCCUUUGUCUCCGGCCUUUGCUGCUGCCCAUGUGUUAACUCGUAAUUUGGCCUCUGCUCACCCGCCCUAGGAAAAUCUCAAUGGAAAAUGCCAGUACGCUUUGCAGCUGGGUUUCUCUUCCUUUAAAAUGGGUUUGGAAAUUGAUGUUUGUCUUUGCACCGAAGCAUCUCUGAUUCCAAGGAGCUCAUUUAUGACAGUGGCAGGGACUUUGAGAAGAUGCCAGGCUUUGCUUAGAUUCCUGUUCCCGACGGCCCUCCCGUGCCUGAAUGCAUGUGGUUCAGUCACUGUCUCGCCUCCACCAGAAUGUGAGCUGCUGGAGGGCAGGAAGCUUAUUUUCGUCACUACUGUUACCCCAGGGCUGUCAAAACAAAAACAAUGCCAGUUAUGUUAGUAGACACUCAGUAAAUACGGGUUUAGUUGAAUAACUAGCAGCGACAAGCAAUGUGGCAACAAGCAACACCAACCAGCACCUGUACCUUGGUGUCUCAUGAAUUAUGUGUUGUCCCGAAGAUCAAGAAACAGAGAUAGUUUCCCAUCGCGAGGGUCUGGCCUUUCUUUCCAAGCAUUGCUUUCUCCUUUGGGUCCCUCUGCCUCUCAGAGAAACUCAUGCUCCGAGCCCUUCGGCGCUGUGUCUUGGGGGCUCCGUGGCGGAGACCUCAUUGUCCAAGGAUAUUGCAGACUCCACGGGCAGCCCCCCUGCCCCAGGCUCAGCUGAAAAGAGCAGUGCCUUCUCUCCCACCUCCACGGAAGAGCCGGCCGUGCUCCCAGGACACUGUUCCCUGACGUCUCUGUUCACAAACUCCAAGAUUGCGGCCACCUCCCCAGGUCGGGAGGCGGAUAGUGCUUUUCUCAACCCCUCGCAGCCCACAGCUUCCGCUGAUGCAGGUGCUGUUCAAGUCAGCGGAAGAACCGUUCUUUUGAAUUCCUUCUCCCCGGAGGCAUUCGUGCUCCCUGUCGAUGUAGAAAAGGAAAAUGCCCACUUUUAUGUUGCAGAUAUGAUUAUAUCAGUCAUUGAGAAAAUGAAAUGUAAUAUUCUGAGUCAGCAGCAUACAGAGACCUGGAGUGUCCGAGAGGCCAGCAGGUCACUUGGGAACGAUCAGGUGGACUCUGAAGUGACCUUUUUUAGCAACAUAAAGCAGGAAUCUGGGUCUUCUACUUCAUCCGACAGUGGAUAUGAAGGUUGUGCUGUGUUACAGGUCAGCCCAGUGGUUGAAGCAGCUACUUACUGUGAUGUGAUGAAAGAGUCCUGCAAAUGUGACUUGGAUGAUUUUGUUAUCGUAGAACUUGGAGAGUUUAGCAAUACCACGGAGACCUGUGGGUGUUCCUGCAGCUCCUCUAAGAGUGUCACUUAUGAGCCAGACUUCAGUUCUGCUGAGCUAAUAGCCAAAGAGUUAUACCGAGGAUUCCGAAGGUGCUGGAUGCUGUUGGGAGAUCGUUAUCAGCUGGCUAGCUCCCUGAAUGCAGCUGGCUCCAUAGUUGUAAAUGAAGAGCGAGUCCGGGAAGACUUUGAAUCCAGUUUGGAGGUGGUACAGGAAAUUAAACUGAAGUCAAGGAUCAGAGGGACUGGAGACUGGGCGCCCCCCAGGUUUCAAAUCAUAUUUAAUGUUCAUCCACCACUCAAGAGGGAUCUCGUGGUAGCAGCCCAAAAUUUUUUCUGUGCUGGCUGUGGAACUCCCAUCGAACCCAAGUUCGUGAGGCGGCUGCGCUACUGCGAAUACCUGGGCAAGUAUUUCUGCGACUGCUGCCACAGCCAUGCCGAGUCCUGCAUCCCUGCCCGCAUCCUCCACCUGUGGGACUUCAGGAAGUACUCCGUCAGCAACUUCUCCAAACGGCUGCUGGACAGCAUAUGGCACCAGCCCAUCUUCAACCUGCUGCACGUCAGCCGCAGCCUCUACACGAAAGCCAAGGAGCUGGACAGAGUGCGGGAAAUCCAGGAGCAGCUAUUCCAUGUCAAGAAGCUGUUGAAGACCUGCAGGUUUGCCGAAAGCGCGUUGGCGGAGUUUGAGCAGGUGCCAGUACACUUGACUGAUGACCUCCACCUCUUCUCCCUGGAGGACCUGGUCAAGGUUAAGAAGGGGCUGCUGGUGCCCUCGCUCAAGGACAUUCUGAAAGUUUCCCUGGAGCACGUGGCUGGCUGUGAGCUGUGCCAAGGAAAGGGCUUCAUCUGUGAAUUCUGCCGGAGCGCAGCUGUCAUCUUCCCGUUUCAGACGGCAACGUGCAGACGAUGUUCAGCGUGCAGAGCUUGCUUUCACAAGCAGUGCUUCCAGUCCUCCCAGUGCCCCCGCUGUGCGAGGAUCACAGCCAGGAGGAGGCUUUUGGAGAGUCCACCCUCUGCGGCCACAUGAUGCCCCUGACUAUCGCGAGAAGACCGUUCAACACACCUAAUUAUCGCGUCCUUUGUGUCCUGACAUUGUUUUAUUAUGGAGUAUUGUCUAUUAAGAAAAAAGAUGGCCAAUAUUCUCUUUAUUAUAUAGAUAUAUAUAUUUAAUAUUUUAAAAGAAUGAAGAUUCUUUGUUGUUAAGCCUGGGGUUGUUACUGGUGAUGUUGUUUACAAAUCUUUAAUGUUUUUGCUGCUACUGGUUUUUUUUAAGAGUUUGUGGGGUUUUUUUUUUUUUUGAUACUUAAAUUGCAUUUGAGUAGUUGUACCUAGCCUGUUUUUUAUGAAUUGUAACUGACAAGAUGAAUUACUCAGUUCCCCUUCUUUGUAAAGCUUGUUUUGUGAAAGGGAUUGUUACU